UGGCAUUGUGGAGUGUAAUCAAAGAAUUCAAAACCUGGGUUCUGAUUAUUUUUUGGUUUUGAUUGAAUCUAGGGGUGGGUUCUGAUUGUUUUGGACUGUGAAGGUCUGAAACAGAGAAGAAGAUGGUGGAUAUAAAGAAAUUUCUGACGAAGAAGACUGUGAUUAGUUUAGCAUUAGGUCAAUUUGUAUCUUUGUUAAUUACUUCCACCGGGUUUUCUUCAUCAGAACUUGCCAGAAAAGGGAUUAAUGCACCGACUUCACAGUCUUUUGCGAAUUAUGUGUUGUUGGCAAUUGUCUAUGGAGGUAUAAGAAUCUACCAAAAGAAAAAGCUUCAGACGAAAUGGUACUACUAUUUGCUGUUUGCUUUGUUUGAUGUGGAGGGCAACUUCCUUGUGGUGAAGGCCUAUCAAUACACAUCUUUGACAAGUGUUAUGCUGCUGGAUUGCUGGACGAUCCCCUGUGUCAUAUUAUUUACAUGGUUAUUCUUGAAGACCAAAUACAGGAUCCGAAAGUUUAUUGGUGUGGCGGUCUGUGUAGCUGGUCUUGUUUUGGUUGUUUUCUCUGAUGUGCAUGCAGCUGAUCGAGCAGGAGGAAGUCAUCCUAUUAAAGGAGAUCUUCUUGUGAUUGCCGGGGCAACACUCUAUGGUGUUACAAAUACCAGUGAGGAAUUUUUGGUGAAAAAUGUUGACAGAGUUGAAGUCAUGGCAAUGUUGGGUUUAUUUGGAGCUAUCAUCAGUGCAAUCCAAAUAGCCAUACUUGAGCGCAAUGAGCUCAAAGCUAUUCACUGGUCAGCUGGUGCAUUGCUCCCCUACAGUGGAUUUGCAGCAGCGAUGUUUCUGUUUUAUUCUACAGUCCCAAUCUUGUUACAGAUUAGUGGAUCUACCAUGUUAAAUCUCUCUCUGUUAACUUCAGACAUGUGGGCUGUCUUGAUUCGUAUAUUUGCAUAUCAUGAGAAGGUGGAUUGGAUGUACUUCAUAGCCUUUGCUGGCGUCGUAGUUGGUCUCAUUAUUUAUUCUGGGGGUUCCAAAGAAGAAGAAAACAAGACUCAGGUUGCUGCCUCAGGGCAAAGCACGGUCAUAGACGAGGAGGCUGGUGUCAGAGAUCAAAAUCAAGGAUCAUCAACACUCAAAGUGUAAUUAUAAAUUAGAAAUUUAGGAAGCAAAAAGUGUCGUGCUUUCGUUUAGACACCAAAAAAGUAAAGUUUAUUUUCUUCCGUAGUAGGUGAUUAAAUUUAGAAGGAUAUUAUUGGGGCGUCACACUCUAAUAGAGGGGCUUCACUUGGAUUCUUAAUGUCCAAAAAAGUGGUUAUGGGAUAUCCUAACACAUAUACAAAACGUCUAGAUUAUCCUUUAA